AUGAAUGAUGCCACAUUUGAGUUACACAAAUGGCAGUCAAAUCAUGCACAACUGGAAGAUGAUGCCCAACCUGCACAAGGAGAGGAAAUUGCCCAGCCUACUUCACAUACUAUUGCUGUGCAGUUCCCAAGCACAAGUAGUGCACCAACAAAGCGUGAAGUACUGGCCAAACUGGCAAAAGUGUAUGACCCCCUCCGCCUGGCAUCCCCCAUCACACUGCAAGGGAAGCAAAUCUACCAUGAAGCCUGCAACUGCAAAGUAUCAUGGGACAAAGCUAUCCCAGAGAAUCUGAAAAUAUGCUGGCAAAGGUGGGAGCAGUCACUUCUUGCGGAAAUAACCACACGAAGACCCUUAGCACGUUAUCAACAACCAGUGGUCUCUGCUGCACUGCAUGUCUUGGCAAACGUCAACUUAUGGGGUCGUAGCGGUGUAUUCAAUUGUACGCCAAGAAGAUGGAAUCACUCAAACCCUGGUUGCAGCGAAAGCAAGAUUAGCCAAGAGAGAACUAACAGUCCACAGCUGGACAGCACCGUCGCCCUCCACUGGAUUGUAACAAAUGACCAGUACCAACAGUUCAUCUCUAACCACGUGCAAAAAAUAAGACAAUACCCCCAGAUCCAGUGGAGGCACAUGCCCACUACUGAUAGACCAGCAGACCUGGUGAGUCAAGGAGGCCAGGUAACCAACUCAGAGCUUUGCUGGAAUGGCCCAGUGUGGCUGUGUAAUCCUGAAAUGUGGCCAGAGAAGCUGGUUCCUGUGAAAUCCAAAACUUCAGAAGAAGAGGCAAAAGUCAUCAGAGAAUUGCUAAGCCUACCAAGUGAGAAACCUGAACUAGAAUGGAACGUGUUUGACGAACUCCUUGAAUGCCAUGAUUUACGCCAAGCUCUUCACAUCCAAGCUUGGGUGCAACAUUUCACUACUCACAGGGUGCACAAGGGACCUCUUACUAGCGAAGACAUUCAAGAGACCAAGAACUGGUGGAUAAAAAGAUUUCUGUCUCAAGAUUCGCAGAAGCCACACUUUGAACAGACCAGGCAGGAAAUCAAUCUCGUUUCAAAUGCAGAUAGAAUUUUCAAAUGCCAUGGAAGAAUUUAA